GUGUUACAGAAAAACUUCACAUUUCUGAUCUUCCACAUCCAGUGUGGGUCGGUGGCACAUUGGAAUUGCUACACAUUGGUAGCGGUGAUGGCUUGUCAUUUUGCCAGACUAUUGGCAGUGAAGGGGGACAACUGACUGCUGGCAGUGUCAACAUGACUGUUCCACCGGGUGCUGUUCAAUCACCGACACUAUUCUCAAUUCAUUCGUUUAUUCAUAAUAAGUAUAUGCCACCUGUGUCUGCUAGUGGUGACCAAGUAGUCAGUCCAGUUGUUUUUCUUGGUCCUCAUGAUGUGUCAUUUAGUAAACCAAUCAAUGUGCGUAUCAACAGCAUAGCUGAUGUGACUUCACCAGGCUGGUUGUUAACAUUGAUGAGAAGUGAAUCGUCUCUUGAUGAGACAAAGCAAAGAUGGCACAGUGUGGUAGAGUAUUCUACUGAUACUCAGGAAUUGAAGUCACAUAUCCCAUUUGAUGCUAACAGUUGGUCAUUUGAAGUGAGCAAGUUAAGUUGGUGGAUGUGGAUCGCUCGUUUCAUCAAGAACCCAACUAUUCCAUUCAGAAGAAAGAUGGGAUGUGUAGUUCUGGGUCGAAGUCUUAGUCAUUCUUCUUGCAAAUGGGCACUGUCAGUCCAUAUGUUCAAUUCCUAUGAAGAAAUCGGGCAAGAAAUUAUUAAGAGCCAUCGAGCACAUGAAACACUGCCUGCUGUUAAGCUCUGUCCUGUAACAGAAUUCAUAGUUCGCAAGGAAGGGCAUGUGGUCAUCACACCUCAACAUGGUUCAGAGUGGUCGUUGUGUCGUAGGGAUGUACAACUGCAGUGUCCUACCGAAUAUCUGUGGAGAAAAGCAUUUAAUCAUGAUCACUGCUUCACAUUUGUGAUCGAAGCAAAUGAUUCUCGUCCUGAUAGUCUAGAAGUUCCUGUUCGAGUUGAAUACAUCAGACAAGGGCAAGUGGAGUCUGAUGAAACACUACAAGCAGUUUACAAACUACUCCACACAACUAGAGCUAUUGAUCUCUCAAGAACUAGUGUGCCUUCCAACUUUCCCUCUCUAUCGCUUUCUGAUGAGGAACGAGAGUCUUUCUAUUUUUGUGGUACAAACGGUUUACAUUCUUCUCGAUUGGUAUCUUCGCCAAUGGCAGCAAGGGAUGGUGCUUUAUCACAAAGAUCAAUAGUCAAACAACCUGCUGAUGUGCAUACUGUCCGACAAUGUGUUGUCAGUCCCAGCUAUAGCAGAGCUCGAGAGCACGCGCCUUUGGUGGUUCGUCUUCCUGUUGGAAGUGAGGUUCCUUCAACUGUUUGUACGUUCCGGUAUAUACGUCCUACAGGUCAGACAGUGACAGAAACUCCUGGAGAAAGGGUCGAUAGUCAGACAGUACAAACCAUCACUCCUGCUUGGCCACAUGCCGAUAGAGUAGAGAUGGCUAUGCUGUCAUCUGAUGGUCAAAGUCGCCUGGCAUAUCUUGUACAUGACUUUGUUGACAUGCCUGCAGCGGAUCCAGAAUCGCCACACACUUCUAUGAAACGUGACGACGAUAGUACUGUGGCAGUAGCAAGUCAAGGACCAAACAAGGAACGUGGCGAAUUGGAUAUGCAGUCAAUUGUAUCAGACGUGCAGCUACUUGAGGUAAAUGCAGUCAGAAUUUCAGAUGUCAGAUUCUCACAGAUCAAUGACAAUGUAGUAAACGAAUCAUGGAUUGUGUGUUGCAGGUUGGUAAGGCUGUCGGAAGACAUUGGCACGAGAUUAGCAUUCUCCUGGGAGUGGACAUGGAAGAAUUGUCUGACUGUCAAGAUCCCGGACAGCGUUACUCUCGAAACAAGAAUUGUAUUGUACACAUCUUCUCACUCUGGAAGAAACGAGUGA